GUCGUGUCAUUUGUCAAAUUGACAGUUGAAAAUCUCCUAAAAUCAAUUUUAGCAAAAUUGCAAAAGUAAACUUAUCGAUACUCAAAAGUAAACAAUAACUAAAUAUCAAUUUGAGACAUAUGGAAGGCGUAUUGUGGAAAUGGACAAACUAUUGGAAUGGUUGGCAAACCAGAUGGUUUGUGCUAGAAAAUGGAAUCCUAUCAUAUUAUAAAUCUCAAGAGGAAGUUAUUCAAGGAUGCAAAGGUUCUGUGAAAGUAUCUGUGUGCCAGAUAAAUGUUAACAAUAUUGACAAUACUCGCUUGGAUUUAGUCAUUCCUGGUCAACAGCAUAUGUAUUUAAGAGCUCCUUCUCCACAAGAUAGACAAAAGUGGUUGGUUGCUCUUGGCAGUGCUAAGGCUUGUGUUGAAUCCAUUAUUGAAUUUAAAGGAGCUGGUUAUGAAGAUUCUUUGACUCACAAGAAAUCGGAAUUACAUCUUUACUGUGAUCUCUUAAUGCAACAAGUGCAUGCAGUUAAGAGUGCAGCUAAUACUGAAGAUGGUCCAGAUGUGCAGAAAAUAACAGAUGCCUCUAGUCUACUGACAGCUACCUGUGACACCUUUAUUAGAACACUUGAGGACAUCAUGAAACUUAUGAGUAAUGCUACAAGUAUUACAAAUUCUGUACCGUAUGAGAUGCCAGUGCCUCAUAUAGCUAUUAAUAAAAAUAGCAGCAAUACCAGUAAGACAACAUCCAACAAGAACCUUCUGCCUGCUCGGUCAACAUCACAAGAGAAUAGAUGAGGAGUUUCAUGAUUAUAUUUUAAACUCUACUUAUAGGUAAAAUUUUAUUGUAAAAAGCUGUCAAUUUAUAAUUAGGCUUGUAAAUAAGGUAUUGUAUGUAGAAGUCAAAAAGGAACUAUGUACUGUCUAUAAAUUAUAACUGUGCAUUUGGUUUUGAAAAGUGUUUAAACGAUGUUUUAUUGUUAAAAUUCUGAGUAUUUUUUUUUAUAUUGAUCUCUUAAAACUUGUUUUUGUAACUGUGAUAGAAUGUUUUUCAUGUCAGUUGUCAUAGUUUAACUAUCGCGAUUUUUCAUUCAUUUAUUGGAUCUGUGUUUUAAUUGUGAAAAAUUAAUGUAUAUUUAUUCAAUGUAACAUGUAUUAAAAGACAAAAAAAAAUUCAAAUUAUUCCAUUUGGGACAUUCCAAGUAAUAAGUACUUACUGUAAUGUAUAUUCCACUUUCAGUAUUAAAUGGAUUUUAAAUAAAAGAAA